AGCAAUUCACAAAAUCACAAGCUCCGAGCUCCCAAGAAAACAGAAAUGGCGGACGGUGCAGAUUCCGGUGCUGUAGCUGCUGAGCUCAUCAACACCAGCCCGCCGCUCGACUUUCAGUCACUUCUUUCUUCUCCGGCGAGGGACUAUCUCGUCCGCAACAAUGGUGAUCAGGUUAAGGUUGAGACCUUGAAGGGGAAGAAGCUGGGGUUGUAUUUUUCUGCAUCAUGGUGCGGUCCAUGCCAACGUUUCACCCCGGAUUUGGUGGAGACCUACAAUGCGCUUGCUUCAAAGGGCGAUUUCGAGGUGAUAUUUGUUUCAGCUGAUGAGGAUGAGGAGUCGUUCAAUGGGUACUUCUCCAAGAUGCCGUGGCUUGCUAUUCCGUUUUCGGAUUCUGAGGCACGGGAAAGUCUGGAUGAGCAGUUCAAGGUGAGAGGGAUACCGCAUCUUGUGUUCCUUUGUGAAGAAGGGAGAGUUAGGAAUGCCAGUGGGGUGGAGAUUGUUCGGGAGUAUGGAGUUGAUGGCUAUCCUUUUACCAUAGAAAGGUUGAAAGAGUUACAAGAUCAAGAAGCUGCAGCUAAAAGGGAACAGUCUCUGAAAACAGUCCUGGUCUCGCGCUCACGCGACUUUGUAAUUGCAUCUGGUGGGAAGAAGGUGCCUGUCUCUGAACUUGAAGGGAAGAUGGUGGGUCUCUACUUCUCAUUGUCUACAUACAGUCCAUGCAUAGAAUUCACUCCAAAACUUGUGGAGGUUUAUGAGAAACUAAAAGCACAAGGAGAGAGUUUUGAGAUUGUGUUUAUAUCACUUGAUGAUGAAGAAGAAGCAUUUGAGGAAGAUCUUACGAACAUGCCUUGGUUUGCAUUGCCCCAGAAGGACACCAAAACUAGUGAGAAGCUGGCUCGGUAUUUUGAGCUCUCAACCUUACCCACUUUGGUUAUUCUCGGGGCAGAUGGUAAAACUGUCCAUAAUAAUGUUGUUGAAGCUAUUGAAGAGCAUGGACUUCUGGCUUACCCCUUCACACCUGAGAAGUUUGCAGAGCUGGCUGAGAUAGAGAAAGCGAGAGAGAAAGCUCAAACUCUUGAGUCAAUUUUGAUUUCUGGGGAUCAAAACUUUGUCAUUGGAAAGGACGGAAUCAAGAUUCCGGUGUCAGAUCUUGUGGGGAAGAACAUCCUCCUUUAUUUCUCAGCACAUUGGUGUCCUCCAUGCCGUGCCUUUCUACCAAGACUUAUGGAAGCCUACCACAAGAUCAAGGCAAAGGAUGAUGCAUUUGAAGUUAUUUUUAUCUCUAGUGACAGGGACCAAGCCUCUUUUGAUGACUUUUUCUCUGGAAUGCCAUGGCUUGCUCUCCCCUUUGGUGACUCAAGAAAGGCAUCCUUGAGUCGCAGAUUCAAGGUCCAAGGCAUCCCCAUGCUUGUAGCCAUUGGUCGGGCUGGCCAAACAGUCACAAAAGAAGCUAGAGAUCUCAUUAUGGUUCAUGGAGCUGAUGCUUAUCCUUUCACUGAGGAGCGACUGAAAGAGAUGGAAGCAGAACUUGAGGAGAUGGCAAAGGGGUGGCCUCGGAAGUUGAAGAAUGCACUCCAUGAGGAGCAUGAGCUUGUGCUCGCUCGCCGGAACAAUUUCGUAUGUGAUGGGUGCAACGAGAAAGGAGAAACAUGGUCAUUCUAUUGCGAGGAGUGUGACUUUGAUCUGCAUCCAAAAUGUGCUCUGGAGGAGGAAAAGGGAACCAAAACUGAUGCCAAACCAGAAGGAGAGUCCCAAGAAGGAUGGGUAUGUGAUGGGGAAGUCUGUAAAAAAGCUUAAGGAGUUUCAGUGUGAUGCCUUUAAAAGUUUGAGUACUCUCAGCUCCAAUAAUCAGUUUUCUAGUGUAUUGCUUAUGAUGGCCUAAAGCUGAGCUUAUAUUUUCUUAGAAGUUGGGUUUGGGUUAAAUAUAAAUGGUGAUUAUGUGUGUGAUAGUAACUUCUGUCUACAUGUAUGGUUGUUCAGGAUGCUUUAAUCUUUUACCUUACAAAUUGAACUUGUAGAUGCAUCU